AUAUGAGCUUCGGGUAUGAAAAUUAGAUUUAUCGAGUAGAGUGUACUCAUAAUUUCAAACAUUUGGUUAAUCUCAAGAAUUGGAAAACAUUUUAAAAAACAAUAACCCAACUUUGGAAGAAUUGUUGGAAAGAGACAAUUUCUUAUUUGACAUUAAAGCUGGAGCUAUGAAUGCAUUUACUGAGUUGUAAUAAAAAGUAUUAGUAUAAGUGUUUGGAAAUAACCUGAGAAUUUGGAAAAGAUGAUUCACUACAUUGCGAUUACAAAUGAGUAGAUGGAUGACAAUGAGAAAAGUCGAAAAUUUCCUUACAUCAUAAGUGAAAUAUUUGCCUUAGAAAAUACAAAAUUGUUUGAUUUAUUAUUCUUAAGACAUCGAAAUGAAUCCCAAUCCUCAUUAUUAAGCAACGAAAGACUGGUUUUAAUUAGAAUCUAAAUUAGACUACUAUUGAAGAUGACAUUUUACCGGAGUAUCAAAUGCAUCAUGAGGAUCAAUGCAAAGAGGAGGAAGAUUAUAAUGGAGGAGGAAUAUCUGGAACAUCAAGUUAGUAUAUGCGAAUAUCAUAGUCUAGUGCGCAUCCUUCAAAUCCAAGUCAGGAAUGCAUCUGAAUGAAAAUGUUAGGUUGAAUAUAUUAAAUUCAUUUUUCAAAUACCUAGAGUCUCCAAACAUUAACGAUACAUCUAUGGGGUAUUAUGCUAAGAUAUUAAAGCCUGUAGCUAGUAAAUAUGGAGGAGAAGUAAUACUACAUCCUACACUUUUUUAGUUUUGGGAUCACAUCGUUGUCAACAACAACAUAAUAAGUGAUUUACUCCAGCAUAUCAACCAUUAUUAAAUUGUAGAAAUUGUGGUUAAACUAUUAAUUUUAGAUUACAAGAUUAAUGAUAAUAUAUACAUCAACCAAAAAUGUUAUGUAUUCAUUCAACAUAAGCAUAGAAGAAUUAUAGAAAACAGCUUUUGGAAGAGAUGAUACACCAAAUGGAUAAGUUUUCCGAUAACAUCACUGUAUAGAUUUAACAAUAUCCCUCAUAGAUGAUAGCAGACAUCUCUUAAAUAUUUGAUUUGCUAUUGGAUUAAGGAAUUCAGCAAAAGUUAUAUGAGCCAUUGAGAGAAUUGUUUGACAAUGUUUUAAAACCUUAUUACUUUUUUAAAAUUGCUGUAAAAACAAUCAAUAAAUAUAGAAAAAAACUGGAGUGCUCACAGUUUAUAAAGUAUUCUCUAAAAUCCUAUUAUUUAUUUAAGUCAAUUCCCUAUAAGGUAAUCAAAUCAUCAUGUAUUUAGAUUAGAAAACUUCUGAUUUAUUAUAGAUAAUCUAAUAAAUCAAUCCACUAAUUAACACUAACUUGUAAGAUUAAGAAAACUUUGGACUCAAGAACCUAUGCCUUGUUUAAGCUCUCGAUAUUUGCGAUAAGUAACUAAAUUCAAUAGAUCAAUAGAUUGAACAACCCAUUGUUAUUUGAGUCCAUGUUUUAAGCACAACUCUAUUAAAGUUUAAUAGAGUAUGCCCUUAAGUAUCAAUGGAACAAUUAACUCCAAAUCUAUGUGACCUCGAUCUUGGAAUCGAGAAUAUAGGAUGAGAAAUAUUGUCAAAGAAUCCUAAAGGAGACCGACAUUUUGAAUCAAAUUAAAAAAAAUCUAAUUGAUCAACCUACUAAUUCAAAUUUCAAAUGUAGCCAUGGAUACAAUGGCUUCCUAAAAAGAGUUGGCUAUAAAAUAUUAUAGAAGCAAACAGCAAGCAAAAAAAUUAAUUUACUACUAUAGGAGUGUAAUAAUUAAUAUGAUUAAUUAGAAUAUGGGUAGACAAUAGAAGCUCUUUAGGGAUUAUAGGAGCUUGAAUAGACGUAUUUGUGCGAUGUAGACCCUAAAACACACAUGCAAAAAGCUCCUCCGGAAUUCAGUAUUGAUAGAUAAAUUGAAAUGCUUCUAGAUUCCCUAAAGGAAAAAGAAGAUCAACUUACAAAACCGGAAUAAUAAUGA